CGCUGCUCCGGGUUUUCUUCCCGAUCGGAUCUACGCUGAGCGUUCCCGACAGCAAAGAUGGCGGUUGAGCUACGCUGAGCCCUCGUCGUAAUGAGUUCCCAAAUUUUGCAUAAUUGUUGAGUUUUCAGUCAUAGAAUAGGGUUACGGUUCACCCGUAUGGCUCGUCUUGUGUGAGAUAUGUUGUGAGACUGCAAAGACUUGUUCUAUCCAUUGCAACUCACUGGUUUUACGUUGUAGCGCUGGGUGCUUAUUGCUGUAGCUAACUAGCUAGCUAGCCGUCAUUGUAAAAUGGCUCCAGUGCAGAUCGGGUCAGAUGGGCAGCUCGUCCCACUCGGGGGUCCAGUGGUCUCGGGUCCACAGCCACCACCACCCGGGACCCCGGCCACACAGGGGGUCCGACUCAGCCUGCUUAUUGAAUUUCUUCUCCAGAGGACCUACCAUGAAAUUACCCUUCUGGCAGAGCUGUAAGUAAAACAUUGGCGUUGUAGGCCUCAAUGCUAACCCAGCUAACAGGCUGGCUAGUCUCAGGAUGCUCCUCUUCUAGUCUUAAAAGUAAACACUAAAGACUCUUACCUUAGAGAAAAUAUUCUUAUUGACAUUAGCUCUACAAAUGAACAUUUUCUUCAUCGGGAAAUAAAGAUGUGCUCCGGAAAACUACAGGCUAGUCUGUAGAGCCGGAGGUAAAAGUUUGCUCAUUGAUUUACGUGUUUGAUAUCAGGAGAGUGAUGAACCACUAACAGUACAUCAAGAUAUUUGUUCAAAGAAAAACUCUCCUAAACUUGAUCCCUUCCUCUUUAAUGUCGAUAUUUUAACAUCUUAUAGAAAAAUUAAAAAUCUCAUCAGAAUCAGGGAUGCCCAAUGUUGAUUUUUUGCUGCUACUGUAUGUCUGUUUGUUUUAGAAAUAAAGGAAAACACGCAAACUGUAUUGAAUUCCUCCAGAAAUGAUGAGGAUGUCAGGUUUUGAGAUGCAUAUUUAAACUGGUUGUAUGAGAGGAUUGUUUCUCCACUCCCCCAUCAUCUUAACUGCACAAUCACAGCAAAGAGCCAGUCUGCUGUCUGUCUCCAUAUGCUUUUAAGAAGCUGCACAUACACAGCUGACAUGUUUAAGCUUGUUGUAGGUUAUCAUUGUGGGCACAUAAUCAAUGUAACACUGUAUCUGCAGAGACCAACAAUGAACUUUUCAAGAUUUCUGCUACUAUAGAUAUAGUUAGUGUCAUGCAGCCCUAAUUAAAAUAAUCAGUAGCACAAUUAUAAAACACGUCAACUGCAUAGAAGGUGCUUAUUCUUGAACGUUGUACAUUAAAAACUUAUGAAAAUGAUACAUUACAGUUAUAGAAACUAAACAUAAGUAAGUUAAUGCAUAAUUAACAUCACAUAUAAGGCUAGGCAAGUGUUUUUGUAUUACCCCUGCCACACACUGAGGCAAGUGAGGCAACAAUAACAGAUUUACCAUUCGAAAAAGCAGGAUAUAGGACUUCAAUAUUCAUCAAUAUAAUCAUUUAAUUGAUAGUGAUUGAUACCUAAAAAGGUAAUUGCAAGAAAACUGAGGCAAACUGUACCUCUUGUUAUAUUUAAGGUGUUUGGGAGUUAUAAGAGAGACGAGUGUUUGUGAAAAUAGCAUCAAAUUUUAGACUGAGAGAAAAGUUUUUUGUAGUAAGUGAAAGAAAUAGGUGAUUUUUUGACAUCUUGUGGAGGGCUUAUGUACUAUCUUUGACAUCAAGACAUAAGAUCUGAAUGCUGCUGCUUUCAUAUUCCAGAUCCAUUCUGUUUUUCAGCCUGUUCUUGGUUUUUGUUAUAUCUUACUGGUUUGAGUCAAAAUGUAUAUUUUUGUAAGCACAAAAAUCAAGAAACAUUGAAGAAUUUUAAAAAAAGGCAAAUGUGCUUCAAAAAUAUAUAUGUACAAACAGAUAAUAAGGUUUAAUUUAAACUCAAGUUUUCAGCAAUCAAAUGGUAAAAGAGGCUUAAACUGAUACUGCACUGUAGACAGAAACAGAAAAACCUAAAGGCAUUCAACAGACCAAACACUCUAACACUUUUUCAUUGUUUACUUUCCAGACUCCCAAGGAAAACAGACAUGGAAAGGUAUGUGUUUUUCAAAGUCACUUCACAAAAUGUUAAUUUUCACUUCGCUUGUAAUUGUGUUUUGUCUAAUUAUGUAUAAACUUGAAUCCUUAUUUCUUUUACCAGGAAAAUGGAGAUUGUCCAGUUUGCCAGUCGUACCAGGCAGCUAUUUGUGCGGCUGUUAGCCUUAGUGAAGUGGGCAAGCAAUGCAGGGAAAGUGGAGAAGUGUGCGGUACGUUGUUACCUUCCUAUUUGACCUCUGUGUGUGUGUGUGUGUUUAUAAUACUCUGCAAAUAUUCCGGUUAUCAUCAGCAGACAAAUAAAGGUAGUGCUAUCUCUCGUUAUUGUUUCCAUUCUGACAGAUGAUUUCUAGCUUCCUGGAUCAGCAGGCCAUCCUCUUUGUGGAUACUGCUGAUAGGCUGGCAUCGCUGGCCAGAGAUGCCCUUGUACAUGCUCGCCUGCCGAGCUUUGCCAUCCCCUUUGCCAUCGAUGUUCUUACCACAGGAUCAUACCCACGCUUGCCGACAUGUAUACGAGUAAGUAAAUUCUUGGGCUUAUUUUUAUCCAUGGAUAAAAGAUAUAAGAGUUCAUGGCUUUAAUAACUCCAUGACGUAUGUUUGUGAUGUUAACUCAACUGUUUCCUUUUCCCAUGCUCAAUUGUACAGGACAAGAUCAUUCCUCCAGACCCCAUCACCAAGACUGAGAAGCAAACCACCUUGAGUCAGCUCAACCAGAUUCUGCGGCACCGCCUCGUCACCACAGACCUUCCUCCUCAGCUAGCAAACCUCACAGUUGGUAAGCAGCUUGUGUAAACCCCCUGUUUCUACCCAUUCUACUUGUCUUUUUAGAUGUGUUCCUAUUAGGGGUAUCUUAUGUGUGCAUUUGCAUGUGUGUACUUUUGUGUAGCUAAUGGGCGUGUAAAGUUUCGUGUGGAAGGAGAGUUUGAGGCCACUUUGACGGUGAUGGGAGAUGACCCUGAUAUUCCCUGGAGGCUGCUGAAGUUGGAGAUUCUUGUGGAGGACAAGGAAACUGGAGGUAAGUCAUGCACCAUUGCAGCUCUGAUGCGCAGUAGGUAUCGUGUAUUAUUACACUCAACUUCUGACUUUAAAUUUGUGCCAUUUUCUUUUGAUCUUUUUCUUUUUUGUGCCAUCUCAUUCUAAUGCUCCAUCUAUCUACCUCUUUGUUGACAGAUGGCCGAGCCUUGGUCCACAGUUUGCAGGUGAACUUCAUCCAUGAGUUGGUUCAGGCACGUCUGUGUGCAGACGAGAAGCCCCUACAGGACAUGUACAACUGCUUGCGUAUCCUUUCUCUGCAUAAUUUCAUCCUUCACAUGCUUCAACAGUCAUUUUGUGUGGACCCUACACACUUUUGGCUUAAGUCCCACUUUGAUGUGAACUGCUGCAGUAGGGUGAGAGUGUGUGUCUGAGCAUAUAGAGUAUUGACCGGUGCAGUAGACCCAUGCAGCAUUCUAAUGAGAUACACAGCUGCAGAAUUGCAUCCUUCUGAACCCCCCCUUUUUUCAUUCCAAAAACACAACCCUCUUUUGUUACUGAGGAAAGGGCAUCUCUGUUCCCCUGACAACCUGUCACCUGCUCAGGUCAUGUAAGGUGCACUGCUUCUUAUGGAGAUCUUGGUUUUCGAUACUGAACACCAUGCAGAGAGAAUUUGCUAUGUCUCCAAAAAAUAGCAGCCUUGUUAGUGUGUUUUAUUAUUAGGUCAAAAAAGAUCACAUCACAUUUGCACAGUAAAGCAGUGAUAGUUGAGACAAUAAUCAGCUGUUUUAAUUAAACCUGCAGAAGAGGAUCUGAUUUGACCCAACGAUAGAGCUUUAGACUCAGCAGUAAAAUGAUGAGAAAAACAACACCUUGUAAGCAUUCAUGCUACUAUCAGAGGUCCUAAUCAAGCAUGCAGGAAAAGUACGACUGUGCUUAUCACAAUGCUAAUUAGUACAUCCCUGCUCUGCCUUUCCCCCAGCCAAUGCUAGCAAUGCAGCUCACCAUGUCAAAGAGCAGUCUGUGUUGGGCACAAAUACCCCUUUUUAUACCACCAGCGUGUGUGAGCGUCGUGAGGAUAUGUGUCUGUGUGUGUUAUGAAUAUUUAUGGAAAGAGAUGUGUGCGGUACUUUAUCCUUACUCACCUGGACUUGGUGUUUUCCCACACUGUCUUUUCUUUGACCACAUUGUUCCCAGACUCGUUCUGUUUGUCGCUGCAGCUCGAGGUGCUCCACUCCCAGACUCUCAUGCUGAUCAGAGAGCGAUGGGGCGACCUGGUGCAGGAGGAGAGAUACGUUCCUGCAAAGUACCUCACACUCAGCGUGUGGAAGUAAGUCUAAACCACCAAACUCGAAUGACAAGACAGAAAAAUAACAGAAUGCAUGCAGGACCAAAAAUAACCGUGAUGACGUUAAAAAGAAUAUACAGAAUUUUCACAAGAAUAAAGCAUAGCCUUUCACACGCUGUGUAUCUGCAACAACACUAGAGGAAAGUUACGUCAUCUCGACACCUUUGUUCUUACACACUGCUUCCCAAAACAGCGUGAUAUUUGUGUCCCAGCGUGUGUUUACACAUUGCAUAAAGGCAUUGCAGGAGGGAGGAUUAGAGGUGGGAUGCCACAGGGUGUUGAAUAUCCCACGGUAUGCAAGAGCCAAAUGAAGCAAAACGAAACAAAGCGUAUAAAUUGAAUAAACCAGUUUAUUAAUGGAUUUUUGCAAAUGCCAAGGAGAGUUUAUAAUCGUUUUUAUAACCCUCCCUUCAUUCAAAAACUCUCUCAUUUCUUUUGAUUUUUGUUGUAGUUUUUAGAAACUAUAUCUUCAAUCAGAAAAUGUCUUUCCAAUCAACCCAGCCAACCUGGUUUCAGAUAAAUUUCUUACUUUGCUAAAAUAUUCAAACAUAGUUUAUGAUUUCAGGACAGUUCAUAUUUUACUGCCCAAUAAAAUGUUUCAAGUUGUCAUUUCAAUUCUUAUCAUUAUUGUCCUUUUACUUUAGCCAACAGGUUUUGGGGAGGAAAACGGGUACAGCAUCAGUUCAUAAAGUCACGAUAAAGAUUGAUGAGUCUGAUGGAUCAAAGCCAUUGCAAAUAUCCCAUGAGCCUCCACUCCCUAACUGUGACUCCAAAUUGAUGGAAAGAGCUAUGAAGGUGAGGUCGACGCGUGUUUUCUCUGUGUAUUGUUUAGUAUUACGCAGUACUACUUUCAAUUCAAAUUCCUUACAAUGCACUUACACCUAUUUCUCACCCUUUGCUUAGAUCGACCACCUGUCAGUUGAGAAACUUUUGAUUGACAGCGUGCACGCCCGGUCCCACCAGAAGCUGCAGGAGCUGAAGGCCAUCCUCAAGGCCAGCAACCCCAGUGACAACUGUACGUAUUUACUUUCUCCUCCUGUAAUUAGUAAAAACAUUCUGAAAUUUAUGGUGAGCAAAUUCUCAGACCAAAGUUUUCAUUCCUGCCGCAGCUGUAAUUUUGUUUUACUGACUGCACUUUGAAAAAUGAGGUUCUGACCCUGAAAAGCCAGACUUUUGUAAUCUGUUGAUUGAGAGAGGCAGAGGGAGGAGAGAUUGUGCUGGAUUAUGUUGCUCCUAACCUGAUGUUACCGAUUAUUUAUUGCGUUUUCAUAUCAGGGAAAGUUUUAAGUGUCCUACAGGUGUCUGGGGUUGGAUCUUGUUUGCGGGUGAUAAAUUUACACACAGACCAGAGCUGAGCAGCAAGACGGGCAAAGAAGUAGCUGCAAGGAGAGAGGGAGACCGCACAAGAAUAGAUAUUUACUGUUUCCUGAUGUUAUUUACAGCUGACAAGGCUUUAUCCAACAAAUUUCACUUUAGGCUCAAAUAACGAGCUAUGAAAGUAACUUUUGUGAUCAAAUAAUUAUCCUGGAUGCAACUUCAGAAUAAUAGCAUAAUGUGAAAUAAAGGAGAGUAUCUCUAUAGAGAAAAAAUGGAUAGGGCUUUACUUUUGAACGGCUCUUUGAAGUGCCUCCAUACUAUAUUUUUUAUGCUUGAGACAUAAAUGUAACUGCCAAAGCCAAAAUGGUCCUCAACCAAACAGUUUUCUAUCUGUUUUGGCAAUGUCAUGUGCAGAAAAAAUAUUGCCAAUAACUAGGAAAGGCUUCUGUAUUCUGGGCUUUAGGGGCAUGAGACAGCCAGACACGGUGUCUCAUCUGUUAAUCAAACUGCUCCAGCUGUCACAAAGCCAACUUGCUCCCACUUGGCUUUGGAAACAAAAGCUAUUUUUCACUGAACCAAACUGGACCACAUGGUGAUAAUCCACCAGUAGGGGCAGUAGUGGUCUUCAUAAUGUCCACUUGAAUGUUAGAAAACCCAGCUAGCUCAUGAUGCAUGUCCCUGAUGUCUUCCUGAGAGUAACUGUCCUGUGAAAAUGUUUUUUUAAAUGUGAGAUUUCUGCAGUUUUAAAGGUUAAACCCUUUGUUUGUUUGUUUACAUUUCAGCAUUCAUUGAGACAGCUCUGCCCACUCUGGUUAUUCCAAUACUUGAGCCCUGUGGUCGCUCAGAGUGCUUACACAUCUUUGUAGAUCUGCAUUCUGGCAUGUUCCAGCCUAUGCUGUAUGGAUUAGGUAAGUCAGAAAAAGUUCCCCCUUAAUGACUUUUCUCUUUGGUCAUUGUUCAUUAGCUCAGUGCAGAUGAAGCCCGUUUAUUCAGGUUGUUUGUAAAUGUUUUUUCAAGCCAUUCUCUGUGAUUUAAUUGCACUGUUUUGACAUGUGUAGCUUUGUGAACAUAAGACUGUGGGUUGUUCUCUUUGCAGAUCAGUCCAUGUUGGAUGACAUAGAAAAGACCAUUAAUGAUGAUAUGAAACGCAUUGUAUCUUGGCUUCAACACCUAAAGUAAGUCCACCUUUUCAGUUUUUGUUAGGAGUGAACUUAAAAUUUAUAUUUAGGGCUAAGAGGAGGAAAGAUAGCAGUCAGGAGCUAGUCUGACACCUUUCUGGACCUUGUCAAUUCCGUUAGCCAUAACAGCAACACUGGGCUAAGCAGUUUGUAAGAUUGGUGUUAUGAAUUUCAAGAGUCUGUUCAAUGCAUGAAUGCAGUAAGUAUCAGUGUGAGCUAUAAACCCUUGAUGUAUCUCUCUUUCUAACAAGGUUCUGGUUGGGGGAGCAGCGCAGCCGACAGUCUGUGAAACACCUUCCCACUGUGUGCACUGAUGUCCUUCACCUGUCAAACUCUGCCUCUCACCCUGUGGGCAACUUGUCCAAACACAAACUCUUCAUUAAGCUCACACGCCUUCCGCAGUACUACAUUGUGAGUUAUCAGUAUUUAACACUCAGCAGGUUUUCUAUAAAUUCCAUAAUGUGUUUCAAUGUUGUAUCCUCCUCGAUCUAAUUUCCCUUUUGGGUCUAUCCAAUCCCCGAUUUUUUCCAUCUCAUCUUUUUUUAAUGUAGGUGGUGGAAAUGCUUGAAGUGCCGAGCAGUCCCACAGCAUUGCAGUACAAGUACUCCUUCCUGUCAGUGUCUCAGCUGGAAGGAGAGGAUGGACCCAUGUGUGCACAGCUCCUGCAGCACUUCAAACCUAACCUAGAACACCUCGUCCAAGAUACCGCAGCAGGGAGAGCAGCGCGUCCUGGGACUAAGAGAAAGGUAUUUAGUGCAAAAAGUAGCUGUGAACCAAAGACUCAUUUGUCAUCUUUUAUCAGUGUAACAAAUGGGUUGUAAUUUCAAGAUGGGAUAAAUAUACAGCUUUUCUGUGAAAGGUUUGAUAUCUUACACCAGAGAUGGGCAAGUCUCAAUCAAGUCUUUCAUUUUGUCAAGACAUAAAAACCUAAAAUUAUAUACUGAUAGAAUGUAGGGCUCUGUUGAUGGAAAGAAUAUUAGCUUUUGUUUCUUUUAUACAAAAUUAUCAAUGUAAAAUACUCUUAGCAACACUAAAAUCUAUGGUUAAACAGGGAGGGACAUUUUACAUGAUAACAAAAACAUGAUUUCUACCUGCAUCAAUGCUGCAACAGAGCACUUUAGUAUGUAUGAAGCUUUUGCUCAUCGGGUCACCCCCCUGUUGUUCCAUUUUUAUUUUUAGAGAAUGUGAGAUAAGCAGUCAAGCCUGGUGAAUUAAAUUAAUGUAUAUUAAUGUGGAUGAUUUAUUCCGUAGAUUUCUGGGGACCAUGGGGACUCAGAGCCAAAGAAGCCGAAGCGCUCCGGAGAGAUGUGUGCCUUCAACAAAGAGCUGGCUCACCUAGUAGCAAUGUGCGACACCAAUAUGCCUUUCAUUGGCCUUCGAACAGAGGUACAUAUUUGAAUAUGAAUCAUUAAUCCAAGCUUAAAAUGUGCCUUAUCCACCCCUUUGUGUUAACAUGUUUUGUUUUAAUAACGUGUGUCCAUCUGUUUGUGUUUGAGCAGCUGUCCAACAUGGAGAUCCCAAACCAAGGUGUCCAGGUAGAGGGUGAUGGCAGCAGUCAUGCGAUCCGACUACUGAGGUAAUACAUGCAUGCAUGCAUUCAAAACUAACUUUCCUUCAAAGUUUUAAAAAAACAUGUUACCUGACAGAGUGCAUUUUCUUGUAGGAUUCCUCCUUGUAAAGGUGUAGGAGAGGAGACAAGGAGAGCUCUAGAGAGAUCGCUACUGGACUGUACCUUCCGACUGCAGGGCAGGAACAACCGAACCUGGGUAGCUGAACUGGUAUUGGCUAACUGUCCUCUCAACAGCACGCACAGCAAAGAGCAAGGUACAUACACACUAUAGAGUAUGCGAGGGAUGUGUGCCCAGAUUUGUAGAUUUAAACUAUGCUCAACAAGUACACGGAUUAUACAUCUAAUUGCCCUCCUUCAACAGCUUCCACACGGCACGUGUAUCUGACCUAUGAGAAUCCUCUGUCUGAGCCUGUGGGUGGGCGGAAGGUGGUGGAGAUGUUCCUUAAUGACUGGAAUGCCAUCAGUCAGCUUUACCAGUGUGUCCUCAACUUCUCUCGUGCACUGCCAGGUAUGCACACGGUCAUCUUUAAAGCAAGGGUCGCUCUCACAUCUAACCAGUUUAAGUUUUCAGGGUUAUUUUGUUGUCUUGCAAUAAAGGUAACAUUAUCUUUAAAGGGAUUCAAAUGUUGUGACUUUUUUACUUUUGUCUGAAAAAAAUGCAAAACCUAGAGAAAAUAGAUUUUCUCUGGUAAUUUUGAGCCAUGUUGGAGCAGGAAUCUGUACGUAGAGGCACAUUGACUUUAACAGUUCAGUUGUCUUAUGGUCUUAAACAACUCCAAUUCAUUUUCCAGAGAUGCCAUCUUUCCUGAGCCUGUUCUCCGAGGUGCGGCUUUACAACUACCGUAAGCUUGUGCUGUGCUACGGCACCACCAAGGGCAGCUCUGUCACCAUCCAGUGGAACUCCAACAGCCAUCGUUUCCACCUUGCCUUGGGCACCGUGGGACCGAACUCUGGCUGCUCCAACUGCCACAAUAUCAUCCUCCAUCAGCUACAGGAGAUGUUCAACAAGAGUCCAAAUGUGAUGCAACUACUGCAGGUAACAAAAUAUGGUUGGGCAUGCUCAAACUUGGAUUGUCCCGCUACCUAAAACUCAUGACUCAUGACUCAGAAAACCACAUCCCUUUGUCCUCAGCACUGAUCUCAGUACCUCUCAGAACAACUUCUAAUUCAUUUAGCUUUCAUUUGAUAUCCUUUGUAAUAUAUCUGUUCUCUCUUUAGGUGCUCUCUGACACACUGGCUCCUCUGAAUGCAAUCAACAAGCUACCAACAGUGCCCAUGCUGGGCCUGACCCAGCGCACCAACACUGCCUACCAGUGCUUCUCCAUCUUACCGCAGUCACCCACACACAUCCGCCUGGCCUUCAGGAAUAUGUACUGCAUUGACAUCUACUGCCGCAGCCGAGGCGUGGUUGCUAUCAGAGAUGGAGCCUACAGUCUUUUUGACAACACAAAGAUCGUAGAGGGCUUCUACCCGGCUCCAGGACUCAAGGUACAGGCUCAUGUACAAAAAAUGAGGGGUGAUCAACCAGUCCUGAUUUGUGACCUGUCCUGAGACUUAUUCCUGAAGAUUGAAUGUCUGUCAUGUUGAAACAGAAACAAAAAGCUAGCUAGCUAAGCUUUCAAAAUAUAAAAAAAUAGAUACAGCUGAAAGUUAAAAGCCUGAAUAUGUCCAUAGAUCAAUUAAGCACGAUGUCCUCUGAAGUCAUACAUCUAGAUUUUUUUCUUCAUUGCGGUAUAGCCAGGGUUAUUUUCAGACUUUCCAGGAAGUCGGCGCAGUCUUCUGAGAAUUUGCCGGUAAACCCCAAAUCAACUUGUGUGGAUUAGAACAACAGAAGUAGAGUUGAGUGGUUAUUUAUGAGUGCAGUGUGGUGGAUUGUUUUGAUUCCAGAGAAUCUGAUAGGAUUUUUCCCCCUUUCCAGUCUCCGAUCUUAAACCCAAACAUGAAAAAAAUGCGUAAAAUAUUGCUAUGAUUGCAUUUGAAUGAUUUGCAACGCAUCCAAACCUUAUUUUUCUCAGCAGCUUUCAGAAAGUUUGGACAUCUCCCAACUUAGAAGUUGAAGUUGUAUCAGAUUUUGAACAUGACUGGGUUUAAAACAGACAUUCCAGAGAGGCUGAGUCUAACAGAGGUACACCACUUUUAAUAUCAUGAAAAUAUUAAGAGAAUCUUGAAGACAAAAAGGACAUGGCUGAAAACCAGUAUGAGAUUGUCAUGAUCUUUGGUCCCUGAUGUGACACAGAAUUAUGUCAUUAACAUUUUUCUCAGAAUCCCAACUUUUCAGGAAUUGAGGUUGUCGACACAUUUUUCUGAUGAAUGUUGUUUUUGGCGCAAAUUCCUACUUUAAAUUCUGUCCUCCUUUCCUCCCCGUCUAGACAUUCCUCAAUAUGUUCGUCGACAGUAACCAGGACGCCCGCAGACGCUCGGUCAAUGAGGACGAUAACCCGCCCUCACCGGUGGGUGUGGACGUGAUGGACAGUCUGAUGAACCAGUUGCAAGCUCCACAGCAGCCACAGCCGAUGAGAGGAGGGGCGGGAGGCGUUUAUCCCCCUCUGACCUCGCCACCUCCGAACUACCACCCUAACGUAACUCCAUCCCCAUCCAUGAUGCCCAUCCAGUCACCAGGUAACAACAGCAAGUUUGCGCCACGGCGUUUGUCUACGUAUGUGUGAGUGAGGAGCGCUUUGUAUUGUUUGUGCCAAGAGAACUCAAAGGAUUGUUUUUUUGUCCAUAUCAUGCUGCUGUCAUCCACCACCCCGCUGAGUUAUGUAUUUGUCACAAGAGCAAGUAGUGUAAAUGUCAAAAAAAGAGAGGAGAUAAAGCAACCAUGUGUGCCCGUUUUGAUUUCUGUGAAGCCAUGAGGUCAGUUUUAUUUCUCAUGCAACAUACACACGCCUCGCAGCAGAGAAGCGAACAAAGCAUGCAUUUAGCCCUGCUCCUUCCAUUCCUCACCAUCUCAGCCCGCCAGCCACAGACUGCAGCCCUUCUGCCCUGCUUGAGUGUGUGUGUGUACAUGGAGUGAAUCUGUGUAUGCCUGUGUGCAAAGAGAACUUGUCAACCUCAGAGUCUGAUGAGCCAUUUGGUGUGUGUUUGUGUGCGUGUGUGUGUGUGUAGGGAACAUCCAUGCCUCUGGCUCCCCUAGCGGAGCUCUGAGGGCACCCUCUCCUUUCGGGCCCACCCCGUCUCCGUCUUCUCUGGGCAUAGCGAUGGGUCAGACCAGCUUUGCCAGCCCCCACGGUAAGCAGCAGGGUGUUGCUAAAUGCUGGUCUGCGGGCAGGAGUAAGAGCAGGAGCAUCUUUAUAGGGCACUGACUCUAAGGCUUCAGACAUGAGCAGAUACUGGGCACACCAUGGUGUAUUCAGGUAACCGUUUCACUGGCUUUAUUUCUUUAUGUUUCUUAUCGCUGUCUUCUCUCCUUACCUUUAGGAGCCCUGGACCCCAGUUCUCCGUAUCCCAUGGUGUCUCCCAGCCACAGGGGCCAGUGGCCGGGCUCACCCCAGGUCUCAGGGCCUUCUCCUGGGGCAAGAAUCCACGGGAUGUCUCCUGGUAACCCUUCACUGCACUCGCCUAUCCCUGACCCUCAUUCUCCACGUGCAGGGACCAGUAAGUAACACUUUCUUAAUGUUAAAGUCAGAACUACUAACACUGGAACUUUUGGAUGUAUGGGCGCCUUUAGAUUGAUUUAAAGUUCAUACUAGAACCAGGGCUGCGCAACACGUUUCAGCAUGUCAGUCAAGAAUUUCAAGCUGUUUGAUCAGUUAUGUAAGCGUACAAACUCAAAUUUCCUUCCGUCUGUCUUUCAUUUCAGGUUCACAAGUCAUGCCUACCAGUAUGCCUCCACCCCGCAAGCUACCUCAGCGCCCCUGGGCUGCCUCCAUUCCUACCAUCCUCACCCACAAUGCCUUGCAUGUGCUCCUGCUCCCCUCACCCACUCCUUGCCUGGUGCCGGGCCUGGCAGGAAGCUACCUCUGCUCGCCUCUGGAGCGCUUUCUAGGUUCAGUUAUCAUGAGACGGCACCUGCAGAGGAUCAUCCAACAGGAGGCGAAUGUAAGCCAACGAUUCUUCCCAUUUUGAGAGAGUUUUCGCUGUAUGUUGAUUUUUCAGAAACUGUUUGCUUUCUGCUCCCCCUCUAAUGUUGUCGUCAUCGUUCUUGCAGCUGUCUAUCGUGAACUCAAACGAGCCAGGCGUGAUCAUGUUCAAGACAGAUGUGCUCAAGUGCCGCGUGGCUCUAAACCCAAAGAACUAUCAGACGCUGCAGCUCAAAGUCACUCCAGAAAAUACCGGUCCCUGGUCGCAGGAGGAGCUUCAGGUGCUGGAGAAGUUCUUUGAGACGCGGGUAAGUCAUGCAGCAUCAAGCUAAAACCUGAUUAUAAUCAGUGAGAAAUCUAAUUCAGUGUCCGUUAUUCUGUUUUGAUUUUUUGUUGUAUUUUCUGUGAAGGUUGCUGGUCCUCCCUUUAAAUACAACACUCUGAAUGCCUUCACAAAGCUGCUGGGCGCACCCACAAACAUCUUGAGGGACUGUGUGCGCAUCAUGAAGCUGGAACUGGUGGGUAGCUGUGAAAUCUGAUUCAGUAUCCAUCUAAAAAGGCUGAAAUAUGCCUCUGAAAGGAUGAUACAUUUCAAGCCACUGUGUAACAAACCAUGUCUUGGCUUCUUGUGCAGUUCCCUGACCAGGCUGCUCAGCUUAAGUGGAACGUCCAGUUCUGCCUCACCAUCCCUCCCAGCGCUCCCCCCAUCGCCCCUCCUGGAACCAUCGCUGUGGUGCUCAAGUCCAAGAUGCUCUUCUUUGUAAGGAGACCGUCUUUCUAAGUCACACACCUGUUACACCAUACAUGAGUUGCACACACAUACCUGACCCUGUUUGUUUUGUCCGCUCUCUGCUCACAGUUGCAGCUCACCCAGCGCAUCCCAGUGCCCCAAGAACCCAUGAGCAUUAUCGUGCCCAUUGUGUAUGACAUGGCCACCAGCCUCACUCAGCAGGCAGACAUCCCCAGACAGCACAGCUCCUCCGGGGCUGCAGCCAUCAUGGUCUCCAACAUCCUAAAGAGGUUUAAUGAACUGCACCCUGCCAGACCGGGUAAGACUCUCAUUUUUAAUGCUAGAGACUUAAGUUUGCCAAACAAAUCUAACACCACAGACAGUUCCAUUAAAAGUAUCUUAGUGAAAAACAUAGCUUCAUGUAGGUUCAGACAACAUAAUAAAACAAAGGGACUUUAAAGCUCCAGUGAGGAUUUUUUUUUACAUUUAUCAAACUGAAAUUACAUAAAUGAUGAUUUUUUUUAAUGAUAUACAAAAGUAAACAAGACCAUCAACAGUAAGAUUAUUCAUUUUUAUAUUGUAAUUUUAAUGCCUGAAAGUGCUGCCAGGGAGCAAGUGUUCUCUGCUACAAAAAAAAAUCCCGUUUUUACAAUUUCCACAUAAAAUAUUUACAAAAAAAUGUAACAUUUUCCUGUCAAAAGUCAACUGGAUGUGUGAAAUUGUCAAAAAAGCCUGUAGCAAAGACACGCACUGAAAGCACCUCACAGGAGCUUUACAUUGAUAAACACAUCACAAAAAAUAAGACAAUUUUGAACAGUAUAACAUUUUUGAAGAAGGUAAAAAUUUUAUAUACUUCAGACCAGUGGUUCUCAAGUCCAGUCUUGAGGCCCACUGUCCUGCAUGAUUUGAAUGUUCCCUGCUCCAGCACACCUGAUUCAAAUAAUCAGCUCGUUAUCAAGCUCUGUAGUGGCUUAAUAACGAGCUGAUCAUUUGAAUCAGGUGUGUUGGAGCAGGGAAACAUCCAAAACAUGCACGACGGGGGGGCCUCCAGGACUGGACUAGAGAACCAUUGAUUUAGACUCAUUACAGGUAAUCUUAAUAUUUAGUUUAAUCUGGAUUAAAAAGAUAAACAUCUCGAAUACUAGAAAUUUGCAUUGAAGUCACUGAAUUAAUUUUGAGUCGCUCAGAGAAAAAAUAACUUUUCAUGGUUUUUAAAUAUUUUGCAGUUCCACAAAAAAAUGAGGCACUUUCUUUCCCAAGUUUGUUUUGGGGCUUUUUAUGCCUUUUAUGAAGGAGAAGAGGACAGGAUAGGGUAGGAAACUGGGAGAGAGAUACUCAGUUGUACAAUAAAUCCAUCACUGUACAGGUGCACUGAAUCUAACACAGACAGGGUUCUUGUUGGUAAUAGUCCUGCAGUCCUGUGCCCUCUGGUCUGAUCUUUAUCCAUACUGAUAUUUAUUAUAUUACACUCCCUGUUUGGUAAUUGCUGAACUCUGUUAACUCUGACUCUCCAGUUUGUUUCUUGUGCACAGUUAAAACUUUUUUCUUUUUUGUCUCUUUCAGGUGAGUGUACGAUAUUCGCUUCAGUUCACGAGCUGAUGGCCAACCUCUCCUUACCCCCUGGCACCCGUCAGUAGAAGCACAUCCAGAGCCAUAAAUAAAAACAAACAACCAAACUGAAGUCUCUUUGAGAAGCCGAGAAGCUCUCAGACUGUGGACUCAAGAUGUCAAAACCAAGCAUGUGUCCUCUCCGCUACAGACCCUGGACUUUCGACCUGAUGUUUGAUUUUGAAAGAGUCAAAUAUGAACAGUUGAGGACACCUGUCUAUCCUUAGAAGAAGCCACAAACCGAUUUUGCUUUGAGGGUCAAUCUUUAGGGGUUAUUUCAUGCAAAAUGGUAUAAAGUUAUUUUUCCUUCCAGGUGCACUUGUAAACAAGAUUAUCUAUUGAAAUUAAGGUUGUUUACAAAAAUAUGUACAUUGCUGUAUAUUUGAGUAUUGAAAAGAUUCAGGUGAGUUAGAUUUUUGCUAGAGAAUGUCUGUCUUUUUUUAUAACGCCACACUGAUAUCCUUCUAGUAUCAGAAGAUAUAUUCCUUAGCACACUAUUUAAAUGUUUCUUUGCCUCUACUUUGUCUGCAUUUUUCUUUGAAACUCUUACUUUGGAUACUGGAAAUCUGUAACAAACUUUAUAUGCCACUUGUAUUUUAUUAAGACCCAGAUUUGAAACACCCUGUCUGACUGUGCUAUUUAAUAAAACAAGCCCACAGUUGGUUUGUGCUUUGAGGAUCUUCCA